UGUCCUUUUUCUUUCCCUCCCUACAGACACUCAUGCUGCUGGAGGCUCUACUCCCUGGACCUACACGGGACAGCACGGUCCCCUUCACUGGGGCUCCAUGUUCGAGUCCUGCGCAGGGAACAGACAGUCGCCCAUCAACAUUGAGACCCUGAACGUGAAGCAGGAGUACUGGAAGCCUCUGCAGCUCAAGAACUACGAGGUGCCGCCCUCUCGUAUGCGCGUCAAGAACAACGGACACUCAGCCCAGGUGGAGAUGGACGCUUCCGUAGCCCCGCGUGUGUCUGGAGGUGGACUCAAGGGGGAGUACAUUUUCGCGCAGUUCCACUUCCACUGGGGCUCAGAUUCCACCAUGGGAUCCGAGCACACCAUUGACGGCGUAAGGUACCCGAUGGAGCUUCACCUGGUACACUACAAGGGGUCGUACGGCACUCUGGCGGAGGCUGUGAAGAGGAGGGACGGGUUGGCUGUGCUGGGUGUUAUGCUUGAGGUCUCCAACAAUGAUAAUCCAGCGCUGGCUCCUCUUGCAACGGCCCUCAGGAACAUUACCCAGUCUGGUAUGUUCGCCGACGUCUCCGCCCUGUACCCACUCAAGGCCUUCCUCCCCCGUAACGUGGACCGCUUCUACCGCUACGACGGGUCUCUCACCACGCCCACCUGCAACGAAGUGGUGACCUGGACGGUGUUCGACGAGGCCAUCUCCAUCUCCGAGAAGCAGCUCAACAGUUUCCGCGCUCUCGUUGAUGACCACGGCGCCAUGAUCGUGGACAACUUCCGCCCACCGCAGCCUCUCAACAACAGGAAGGUGUACGUCUCAGCCGACAGCAGCGCCGACUCUUCCUCCCUCAAGAAGGUUGGCCUCACCGUCUACUUCAUGACCACCAUGGCCGUGCUUAUGAUGAACAUGUGAACACCUCAACUCCAUCACCACCACCACCACCACCACCAUCACCUCCUCUCCUAACCCUCCUCCUCUUGCCCCUCCUCCUCCUCUCUGGGCGUGGGGGAGGGGCCAGGGGAGUGGAGGGCUGGAGAAGGAGGAGUCUGGCCAUGUGUGACAGUAGUGACGUAGAGAGUUGCUACAGACCCAGAGGAAGGUGAACCGAGGAGAGAGAGGCGCCAAGAGUGAACCGGCGUUGCUGCUCGUUACCUUCGUGAUCACCUGUACUGCUGACGGUGGUGUGGUUGCGUCACCGUCCCAGUCAGUAAUAGGUGUGGUUAGAGAGUUAGUCGGUCAUCAGUGAGUCACGAAACUGAUUUUUUUCCACUUUUCUGUAUUUUUUUGGGAAUUUAGAACUCCAUGAAACACAAAGAAUAAAAAAGAAAUAAUGAGAGAAAAAGCUGAAAUUGAAAAGAUAUUAAAAGUAAACAGAAAAAAACAAAGAGAAUAUAUGAAAAGAAAGAUGAAAAAUUAGGAGAGAAAGUAUACAAAAGCGAAACACAUUCAAGCCAAAUAGUUAUUGCCAAAAACAAGAACAACCAUGAAUCUCACACACAAGAAAAGAAAGAUUGAAAAAAGACGUGUUCACAAGACUCGAGACCACGUGUACCGAAGCAGCGAGCGAAGCAAACGAGACAAAGGAUUCGAACACGCGGUUCACUCCCAAUCACAUCGCUUCAAAGGUCACUUCCCCAAUGCCAGUACUUUCGCUAGGCCAGUACUUACCAAAUUAGCGUAACAAACACAAACAAAUAAACAUGCAUACAUACAAACACAUACACACAAACACACAUACAUACACUCUACACUCGCCCUGUUAUUUACACGCACAUACGACCUUGUUUGUGUGUAUGUAUGUAUGUGUGUGCAUCUGUGUACGUUUUAUGUAUGUAUGUACGCGUUGUUCGGUUAAAUUCUAUGGCAUUUCAAAUACAUGAAUUAUUGUAUAUAAAUAUUACAUGGCCAGUUUUAAGACCUAGUCCCCCCACCCUCCCUAGCCCCGUGUGUGUGUGUGUGUGUGUGUGUGUGUGUGUGUGUGUGUGUGUGUGUGUGUGUGUGUGUGUGUGUGUACCAAGUAUGCUCAGAUAGUACUAUAAUCAAAUACAUUUCUCUCUCUCUCUCUCUCUCUCUCUCUCUCUCUCUCUCUCUCUCUCUCUCUCUCUCUCUCUCUCUCUCUCUCUCUCUCACACACACACACACACACACACACACACACACACACACACGCACACACACGAGAAUUGUUAAAAAAAGCACAUUGUGAAUCCAUUUAUAUAUGUAUGUAUGUAUGUAUGUAUGUAUCUCUGUAACCUUUCAGUGUGUGUGUGUGUGUGUGUGUGUGUGUGUGUGUGUGUGUGUGUGUGUAGGUCUCCCAUCCACCCAUUUCACCUUGUAUAUUCUCCCCCAUCAAUACCUGUUCUGUACAUGUCCCCGACUAGUACUCAAACGUCUACCUUGUAACAAUAGCAAUAGUGUCAAACCGUAGCGAAUAAGUAUAUAUAACUCUCUCUCUCUCUCUCUCUCUCUCUCUCUCUCUCUCUCUCUCUCUCUCUCUCUCUCUCUCUCACGUUGUUUAUCAUGCUUUUUUCCUUCUUUCUUGUUUUCCUUUUUUUCUCUUUUGUUUAUCAUCUCACUUCUUCUUCUUCUUCUUCUUCUCGCGUCCCAAGGGAGAGACGGGCCAUCAGAACACUGUUAUAAGUUUACCUGUUAGUUGAUACGUACUAAUUAAUUUGUCGCACUGUAUUACAACAAAAAAAUAAUGUUCUGUUAACGGUAGCGAAUAAAUUAUAGCAUUACCUUUAA